AUGCAACAUCAGUAUCGCUGGAGUACUGCCGAGCCUACCUUCGGCCAUAGUUCAGAGCUAUAUUACCCCUCCGGAUAUCAACUCGACACCAAUCGAGACUUUGUUCCUGGACCCUGGCGGAGUCCUGUAGAGUCGGAGAAACCUCUCUGGACGGAGCUACCCCAAUCUCUACAGACUAUCGUUCAUACAGACUACUCUGGCCCUAUCUUGUUGAGUCCUGAGCCACUGAGCUUCACGCUGAAGCAAGAGUAUGAUUCGGGCUUAGACUGUAAAUGGUCACCCAGUCUGACCGAGUCGAGUCUAACUUCAACUACACCGUCACUAUCGACACUACGGUCCAUGCCUUCAACACAAUGUGCCGCACACAUGACAGGCGCAGAAGAUUCGAAUCUUUGGCCUACGCGGUACCAGCAUCAUAACGAAAAUCCUGGUUGGGAAGUUGCUCCUCCAACUCAUUGGCCAAUUGUGAAAACCCAAGGCAGCGAACAUAAACCCAGUCGUAGCUCACGAAAAAGACGGCACUCGCCUGAACGACAUCAACCACUCAGUCGACAUCCAGAAGAAGAAGUACAGGCACUAUUAGACAGGCCACGCAGAGUCAAGACUACAGCCGAGAAUGCCAGGUUCUACUGCAAUGCGUGCGACAAAGGGUUCCAACUCACAUGCUCAAACAUGAGAUCUCGCGGGAAAAGAUUCAAUGCCCCCACAAUGGAUGCGACAAGAGCUUUGACAGGAAGACCGAUCUUGGUCGUCAUGAGCGUAGUGUACACUUGCAUUUGCGAGAACACAAAUGCGUCCUAUGCGGGUCGUUCUUCGCAAGAAAAGACACGCUUGUCAGACAUAUCGAAGGUAGCUGCUCCAAAAGGACAGAAGUGGAUCGAAACCGGUCCAGCAAUCUGA